GGAGCGGGGGUUGGGGGGGGGGGGAAGAAAAGGGAAUUCCGAUCUGUGAAACCUUGGGGAUCCCAGAGGUCGCUUCCUUCCCAUUGACUGUGGAUAGUGCCAGGGACAGAGCCUCUGGCGGCUCGUGGGAGGUUUUCGGGUCCGCGGGGUGAGGGUGGAGCCGGGUGUCAGAGUGCCAGGGAGGCACCGGAGUUCCAAACUUAGAAUCCUGAGGCCCUCGCGGCUCCGGCGCCGGGGAGAGCGAGCUCAGGCCGCCAUGCGGGACAGGACCCACGAACUGAGGCAGGGGGAUGACAGCUCGGACGAUGAGGACAAGGAACGGGUCGCGCUGGUGGUACAGCCGGGCACGGCACGGCUGGGGAGCCCGGACGAUGAGUUCUUCCAGAAGGUCCGGACAAUUCGGCAGGCUAUUGUCAAGCUAGAGAAUAAAGUCCGAGAGUUGGAGAAGCAGCAGGUCACCAUCCUGGCCACGCCCCUUCCCGAGGAGAGCAUGAAGCAGGACCUGCAGAACCUGCGCGACGAGAUCAAACAGCUGGGGAGGGAGAUCCGCGCCGAGCUGAAGGCCAUAGAGCCUCAGAAGGAGGAAGCUGAUGAGAAUUAUAACUCGGUCAACAUGAGGAUGAGAAAAACGCAGCAUGGGGUCCUGUCCCAGCAAUUCGUGGAGCUCAUCAACAAGUGCAACUCGAUGCAGUCUGAAUACCGGGAGAAGAAUGUGGAACGGAUUCGGAGGCAGCUGAAGAUCACAAAUGCUGGAAUGGUGUCUGAUGAGGAGCUGGAGCAGAUGCUGGACAGUGGGCAGAGUGAGGUGUUUGUGUCCAAUAUACUGAAGGAUACACAAGUGACUCGACAGGCACUAAAUGAGAUCUCAGCCCGGCACAGUGAGAUUCAGCAGCUUGAACGCAGUAUCCGUGAACUUCAUGAGAUCUUCACUUUUCUCGCUACUGAGGUGGAGAUGCAGGGGGAGAUGAUCAAUCGGAUUGAGAAGAACAUCCUGAGCUCAGCAGACUAUGUGGAACGUGGGCAGGAACAUGUCAAGAUGACCCUCGAGAGCCAGAAGAAGGCGCGGAAGAAGAAAUUCUUGAUUGCCAUCUGUGUGUCCAUCACUGUCCUUAUUCUGUUGGUCAUCAUUGUCAUCUCCACAUUGGUUUGAUAGCGUCGCGCAUUCUUGAUGAAGCCCUAAACGCCUACAGGAAAGAGCUACUCAUUCUCAGCAGUGUGCAAACACAAUCCGGAUGUCCACUUGAUGGGAAAACUGCGGGGCUGGACAGAUCCUGCCCCAAUAUAAGGCUGAUUUGGAUGCAGGGGCCUCUGGGUUUCUCUGAUUCUCCGCCUCUUCCCCGAUGGCCUGCAUCUUCAGAGGAAUCCUGUCCUGUUGGUUGCCUUUGUCCACUCUCUCACCUUUCUGCCUUCAGAGUAAAUAACUGCAUGACCUGUGGCACCUACUGGGAUCUGAUAGAGACCACAUCUAUGCAACUGGGUCAUGUGCUGUGUGUGACUUCUGCUUGGCCAUACUGGACAGUGCCACUUCUGAAUGGCUGCUUACCUGUCUCACUCAGGAAGCUGUCCAUAACCUCCUGGAAGAGGUGGCUAGAUGGCCAAGUAAGGCCUUGAAUUCUGAGCUCAGUAGUUUGAACCUUUCCUGUGGGCUAGGGGACCCAUGGAAGGUUUUUGAACAAGUGAGUGGCAAGUUUGGAGCAGACGGAACAGAAAAGUGGACCCAUGCACUGGGGAUUUCACAGGCUCUCUUGUGUAUACCCCUUCCACGUGGGAAACAAGAGUAAAUGAGGAGAGAGUGAGGAGCUAAGAGCAGGUUUUGCACUGAAAUCCUGGCUUGGCUGCUGUCAGCCCAACUUUCAGUGAACAGGGUCUUGGUUAGUUGUGGUUUUUCCAAAUCCAUCUUGCAUCACAACCUUUUAGCUGCAGCUCUCUCUCCACUUAUUGCCUCAUUCACUCAACAUUUCACAGUUCAAAUUCCCAAGAAAAGGAAUCAGAUUGGUCUAGAUCAGGCUACAUUGACCUGCCUAUGAGUUGUCUAGCUUGAAUCAAGACUUUACCCUUGACCAAGAUGUAUGCGCACUGUAACAGAGUGUGUCUGAAGGAAGAGUGGACAAGCACAAUGAUUGACAUUUCUGGCAAACCCUGUGGUAGAUUGUAUUAUUGUUCCAAAUAUAUAGUCCUUCCUACAGGGCCCCUCCCUAAAGGAAGAUUAUAAUAGGCUUGGCUAUAUGACUUGUUUUGGCCAAUGGAAUGUGAGUAGAAAUGUAACAUACCACUUCCAAACAGAAGUUUUAAGCACCACUCGUAGUCUGGCAGCUUCCCCUCUCUUUUCCCUCUGCCAUGAGCCUGGCAAUUUCUAGAUCAAGACUUCUUCAGUCUGGAACCCAGAAUUAAGAUGACAUGAAGCUGAGCUGUAGUCCACCUGUAAAAUGAUGUGUGAUGUCAGUGAGAAAUAAACUUCUCUUGCUGUGAACAGCUGAUGU